CAAAAUGGCUUCCAGUCUCCCGGCUGAGAUCUGGACCGAGGAGAUCAUUUGCCCGAUUUGUCUGGAUUUCUUCACGGAUCCUGUUAGCCUGGGGUGUGGCCACAACUUCUGUCGCUCCUGUGUCACCCGGAGCUGGGAAAAGCAGGAGGAAAACUACUGUACUGUUUGUCAGGAGAUCUUUCCAGAAAAGAACCUGAGAGCCAGUUGGGCCUUGGCGAGUCUAGCAGAGAAAGCACGAAAUUUGAUCCUGACCCCGACACAGACGGAAAAUAAACUUCACUGUGAGAAACACCGGGAGGAACUGAAGCUGUUCUGUGAAUCUGACAAUAAAUUUCUGUGUGUAGUUUGCAGUCAUGAGCAGGAACACAGAGGCCACAGCUUCCUACCCAUUGAAGAAGCUGUUGAAAUUUUUAAGGAUAAACUGAUAUCCUCCUUAGCUUCUCUCACACAGAGGAAGGAAACUAGUUUACAAGCAGAAGCCAAACAGAAAGAAAAGAUUUCACAACUGAAGGGUCUCUGGUUACUGUGUGUAAUGUAUGUUUGA